UAUAAAAAAUCCAAAUGAUGUAGAAUUUGACAUGCAAAGGUAUGAGAAGCUCGAUAGACGGAAACGAGAGGAUGCACUCUGGACCUAUAUUGAAGUCAUUGCCCGCAAUCGUACCAAAGUGAACGAGCGCCGGAAGCGUGAUGCAAUUUCUAUAGUAAGUCCGGUGGUUUUAUCACCUUACAUGUUUACGCCGAUUUAUGGCGUUAGUAUCAUCGGUCCAGUGGUGUUAUCGCCGAACAUCUUCAGUCCGCUGGUCUUCAAUCCCUCGAUAUGGGGUCCAUUCGUGUUGAAUCCUGCUAUUGCAAUGCCUUUUUUGAUCAGUCCGUAUAUCCUGUCGCCAUACGUAAUGACUCCAAUAAUCAUGGCACCGUUUGUACUGAACCCGUAUGUACUGUCACCGAAUGUUCUGAAUCCGUACGUGCUGAGUCCGCUUGUCCUCAGCCCUUUCGUUUUUUGUCCCGAUGUAUUGUCUCCACAAAUGCUUGGUGGUGCAUAUUUGUCACCUAACGUAUUUUCGCCAGCUAUUGGGACGGAAAGC